UGACAGGUCAAAAAGAGUCCUCGAGUCAAACAAACCUUAUUUGUGUGGUUGCUGACGCUUGCUGUAUGCUGUUCUACGGAAUAUGAAAAUUUAAACAAACAGCUUGUGAAUUCUUUUUUAAAAAUCAAAUUUGAAAAUGUGUUACAAUAUAUAAGAUCUGAACUUCGUGUGUUUCGGUUUUAAGGGGAUGAAUUAUGGAUAGAAGAGACGUUAUUUCUUUGAUCCAGUAUUUUGAUAAUGGAGAUGAAGAGUUUUUAUGGAGCUCGUCCAACGACUCGGAUAGUGGAAGUGAGGCAGAAAUUUUUGGUGCUGUCUCCGAAGCUUUAUGCCUUGCUAAAGGUCGCAAUGAUCCUAACAAUUUUCUUGCUAAGAUUGUACCAAAUUUAUCAGAAGAAGAAUUCAUAAUAAACUUCAGAGUGUCACGGGCACUAGUACUGAAACUAUCAAAAAAAUUCCUGAAAUCUGAGCAAUACAGUACACUUCGAGUACCACAGUAUGUAGACACUGCAAUCUCGCCAGAUAAGCACAUCCUCACAUUCCUGUGGUUCGCUGGGCAUAACCACCCUUUUCGCUGCAUGGCUGACAAGUUCAAGAUGAGUCUGAGCUCCUUGCAUGAAGUGGUGUCACGAGUGCAAGCCUUCUUGGUCAGCAUGGCUGACAAAGAAAUUUCAUGGCCUUCCAAGGAUGAAAGACAUGAAAUAAUGAGGCAUUUUGAAGACGAUAAAGGAAUCCCACGUGUAGUAGGUACUGUAUGUUGACCAUUUGCAUCCUGCUGUGUCUGUUUGAGUUACCACAAAUAUUUCCAGCAGCACAGGCUAGCACAUGGGUAACCGUAACAAUAAUGCUUGUCAGAAAUGUAGCCAUAAGGUUGCAAGAUUAGUCUUUUAGAAAGUGUUUUACUUUCUUAUUCUUCAAGUAGGUUCAUAAAAUUGCUGCACAGUUAGCUGUUAAUCUUUAGUUUUUGUAAGAAUAAAGAUAUAUGACACGUAUUCCUAUAGACAAGAUUUUAUGAUUUUAUUUUUAAAAUAGAGUUCUGUGUUAUUGUUUUUAUUUUUUAUUCAUAAAGGUAGCACAUUAUUCAAUAAAUAUGACACUUAAAUGUUUCAUGAUACUUAUUUCACCAAAACAGUGUCAUUUUGACUGAUACAUGAUGCACUUUCACAAUUUAAUAAUUUGUAUUAAACUAGUCGUAACUACAUGGAACAAUAAAAAUAAAUCUGCAAGUAUUUAUGUGUUUGAAAAAUGUACUAAUUUCAUAAUGUAAAAAUGAGAUCAAAAUACAGUUAGAGGAUAAAAAUAGAAACAUUUAUUCCCGGUAUAUGUAGUACAUACAUUGUGGUACAAACUUCAUACUAAAUAAAUUAAAUUCAUUAAAUGUAAUAUAUUAAAAUUACAUAUUUUUGAUUUGAGUAUUGCUGAUUAAUUUCAUGAUUUUAAUUGUAUUUUGAUGCUUUAUGGUGUAUUAACUUGCAGUUUGGUGUUAUGUGGUAUAUUGACAUGUUUUUCAGUGUUAUAUGGUAUAUUGACACCUUUUCUAAGUUUUUUCAAUUUUAUCGCAAUUCACAGUAUAAUCCGGGCCCUUCUUAUGCCAUAAUAUAAAUCAGAACAUUCUAUCUAAAGCAGGUUAGUAUGAAAAUUGUGAUCAAAUAGAUCAGUUGAAGAUGGUCAAGAAUACUUGAAUAUUGAUUAUUUAAAAAAGGUUUUGGGUUAAUGUUUGCCUCUUUUGCCACAGUCAUAGCAUAGUGUAGCAUAGGGCCGCUGACAGGUAUUCCCUUGUUUCUCGUGAUUUUAAACCACUGAGUUAAUGCUUGAUCAACAUUUUCUUGUCGUGAUUUUUGAAGCCUCUUCGGUUUCAAAACAUUUGAAUUGAACAAUUGUUUAAUCCGGUUCUUGUUUUUGAAAAUCAUUGAGAUUGUCGAAUGACCCACGCCAAAUUCCUUUGCGAGAGAAGAGUUUGAUUCUCCAUUUUCUAAUCUGCAUAUAAUUGCACCUUUCUCCUCAAUCGUAAAUGCUUUACGGUGUUGAGAUGACAUUUUUUCCACAUGAUAUCACAAACAACAAUGCGUGACCUUCAACUGUCAAUUACUCGCUGAGGUUCAAAACAAAAACGAGCGACAUGCCACGUCAUCGGGAAUUAACGAACAUUGCCGAAGGUAUAAAGAAUCAUGUUGGUCAUUAUAAUUGGACAUAAUUUAUUAAAAAUGGGUCACUGUAAGCAAAGUCAUUAUAUCCAACUUAUUUACAAAGAAUUUUAUAUGAAAACCGAAUUUUGUUGUGUUAUUACGUCAUAAUAGGCGGUUCGUCAAUAUAGGCGAAGUCAUAAUAAACGGAUUCUACUGUAGUUAUUUUACUCAGUCCUAGCUUUGAUAUUUACUAAACAAAUUUUCUGUAUGGUGUCAGUAUUUCAACAGUGAGUAUUAUUUAUUGUUAAUUAAUAAAAAUUGUUUGAUCAAUAAUUAUUGAUAUCCUAAGCUGUUAUUUUGAAGUGAGUAAUAAUUUUAUUAAUUAAUAUUUAUUUAUAAAAUUGUCUUCUUUCUUUCUCUGCCGUUUUACCCGUUACGAUGUACUUACAAGUCGAGGUUUGAAUUGCCAAAGAAUUUUCACUUCUAUCACAUGUACUGAGCUACACGUGCUCUUUUUUAUCUUUGUUUUAAUCAAAACAUAUUUUUUAAAUUUAAAUUAUUAAAAUUGGUUUAUUAGUUAACAAGUUUUAAUUUUACAGGUUUUAGAAAAGUAAAAUUUUGGUACAUUUUAUCAUUUGGAAAACAAAAAUGUGCACACGAUAAUUUACAGUAUAUUAUUGUUACAUAUUCUUUUUAAUUACACAUUGAUAUGUAAUCAAUAGAAAAAUAAAAAAAAUAAGGGGAAAAAAAUUGUUACAACAUUUUAAAAUAAUUUUUAGUAUAAACAUCAAAAAAGUAUCCUUAAUUUGCCAAAAUUGAAAAAUAUAUAUUUCUAUACAAACUAAGCCAGUUAGAUGAGGUUUUCAGUGUUCGUUAGUUUCUUUCCGGAACAAAAGAGUGCUGUCUCACUGGUUCAGUUUGUAUGGAAAAAGAAUAUAUUGUACAAUUUGAUUUCAAAACUUCUUCUUUGUUUUAAUUUUUCUUUAAAGUACAUAUUAAUACAGGAGAAUCCCGUUAUAGCGAACACGGUAAUAGCGAGAACACGGCUAUAACAAGGUCUUUUUGAGGAAUUUACGGCGUGAUCACGUGAAGCGCGCUUUGGUUAUUUGUCUGCUUUAUCUCCACCCCUCUCGCUCGCCACUAGACAUCUUGCCGUUGACACCUGUCACAUCCUUCAGCCUUGCAGUCGCCACCUAAGUGUGUGGCUUUAAAAAUAGAAUCCUGUUUCUUUCUUUUAUCAAACUUCCGCUUGGCUUCAAGGCCAAGGUAUGCUCGACUCGAAUAAACCAAGCCUUUGAAUAUACAUAUACUUAGGGGUAUGCAAAAUUAGCAUUUGCGAUAAAACAAUUUUUUACGAGAAUUUUGACAUUUUAAAGCGAAUAAUCACGAAUUUGCAAUAAAAUCAUUUUUACGCGAAUUUUAACAAUUUAUAAUGAAUAAACCCGAUAUCCACAUUAUAGGAUACUAUUUUUACGCGAAUCUUAACGUUUGAAAAUUAAUAAACCCGAUAUCCAUAACUAUUUGAUUAAACUAUGCUAAAAAUACGUACUUCUGACGAAGUCCGUAACGUAGGCCUAACCUAGUGCAGAAUUAGUAAACACAAUACGGCCGCCAUAAUUCAACUGGAGUACGAUGCGCUGCUUCCUCUCACCUGCGAACAUGUGACGAUUUUUUUAGUAUUUAUGGUAAGAAAAACUGUGUAAACAUGUACAGAGGCGAAAUUGAAUAUUUUGAAUAACUUGAACGAUGUAAGCAAAGACGUGAGUAUAGUUUGAUACACUUGUACACAAAACAUCAAACAAAUACGCAGUAGCUACACAACACGUCGUUACUCGCUGAGCUCACACAAUGAUGCAAUCAGCAGUAGCAGUGCAGCUGGCAGCCGGUAGGUGCGCGCGCAGUCACGCUCACGCACACUAACACGAAGUCACAACAAAACAAAGCUGUUUACGGCCGUGCCUGCGCGUGUUUGAAUACGACAAACUUGUAAACGGUAUGAAUUGAACUUGCGUGGCGUGGUAGUUGUGCUCUGAUACUUACGUGGCGUAGGCCUACAUACUUAUCCGAAGUAAUAAAUAUUUUUAACAAAAAUGCGUUAAUUUACCGUGAUUACUUUUGUUGACAAAAAUGCCGAAACCUGUAGUGACUGCCAAACAACGGGCCGGAGAGUUUUCACAACACGGUUUGUAUGCAAGCGAUGGAAAAACCAUUUUCUGUCGUUUUUGUAAUGUGUCUGUGACAUGGGACCGCAAAGACUCGUGUGCGAAGCAUAUUGGCAGUGAAAAACAUAAGAAACGGGCAACAGAAAGUGUUGCUGAGCAAAGUGUAAAACGGCAGUGUUCGAUAUCGGCAUCUUUCAGUAACAUUGCAAAGAAGACAGAUUUCAAGACUAACUUCAUCAAGGACACCACAGAGGCUUUCAUUAAAGCAAAUAUACCUUUACAAAAACUUGAUAAUCCCAACAUUAAGAAAUGGCUCGAUAAGUACAUAGAAGGAGCUGGUGAUUUGGCAAAUGCACGUACUUUGAGAGAAAAAUGCGUGGAAGACUUGGCACACCAGCGAGUAGAAGACCUAAAGAGAGUCCUGAAAGAGAAACGAGUGAAUGUGUUUUGUGAUGAAACGACAGAUCGUAUGGGAAGAUGUGUGUUUGUUGUUUUAUUUCGUUUUUUGUUGAUGAUUUUGAUAAGCCACAAAUUGUUGUGGGUGGUUUACAUUUUUUAGCUGCAGCUAAUGCAACUACAUGCACAAGAGCAAUUGUUGAUUCCUUGCAUAAGUACGACAUCAAAUAUGACAAUGUGAGAUCCUUAGUUACAGACUCUGCAAGGUACAUGGUUAAGUGCAGCAAAGCUUUGGAAAUCAUUGUUGGCGAUCAUUUACAGUAUGUGCAGUGCUGGCCACAUAAACUCAAUCUUGUUGGUGGGGUGUGGAUCAAAGAACUGUCCGAGCUGAAUCUUACAGUUGUUAAGGUAAAGAACAUUUUUUUGAAUACUAGGAAGAGGCGACACCUGUACGCAAGUUUCCUAGAAGAGAAAUACGGAGAGAAACGACCUUUGUUCCCCAUUCCUGUAAUUAUUAGGUGGAACUCUUGGUUCACAUCUGUGUUUUACCUUGCAGAUUAUUUGCUUGAUAUUGCUGACUUCUGCCAAAAAGAUGAGAUCAAAGUGCUUCAGAAUGCUGGUGUAGAAUACUUCAGUGCCAUCAGCAAACAGCAUCUGGCAGUUGUUCAUGUACAAGCAAUUUUCGUAAAGGAGCAUGCCAAGGAAUUGGUGGAUUUGAUGCUAAAGUUGGAGGGUUCAUCAUAUCCAACUUCACAUUUGCUACACGGUGAACUGGAGCAUCUCAAAGAAUGCUACACAGCUGUUUCAAAUGGUGUUUACUUUGAUAACACCCAAAGUGCACUAGAGUCUCUUUCCCCAACUAAGGCAGCAGAAGCAAAACUGUCACUUCAAAGAGUAGUUUCACAAGCCCAAGCAAAGUUGACUUCUUUAAUGGCACAGGAUCCCAGCAAAAAAAUGUUCGAACACCUUAAAGUAUUGGAUCCAAAAUAUAUCAUCCUAGCAACAGUAAACCCAAGCCUGAUUGAAAAUAUUAGAAAUAUUUUUGGAUUUACUUCACUGGAUACUGAAGAAAUAACUUCAGGUUUCUGUCAUUUGCAAGCGGCACUGAACCAGCAGGUUUCAGAAAGUAAUCGCCCAGACAUUCUCACAGCUUUAAGAGUUGUGAAAUUAACGAGGCCAGAUUUUGCGACCAAGUGUUUCGAAGCGAUUUGGUUCCCUUGUGCCAAUGUUGACUGUGAACGGUUCUUGUCUUCGUACAAUACAGUGUUGACGGAUAGAAGAACAACGCUCACAGAGUCAAAACUUGCAACAAUGGCCAUAUUUUCUUUUGAAGAUUUGAGCUGUGAAUAACUUUGUGAGCGUAGCCUACUUACUGUAUUGUUUUUAAUUGAUAUUCAUUUAUUUUAAGUUAACUUUUAUUUUAAAUAGUGUUUGCUGUGUUGAUUAAGUGUUGUAAUAAUUUUGAAGCAGUAAGUUCCCAGAUUGCCAAUGCUUUGAAGUGAACAAUUCAGUUAGUACAGUAAGUAUUUAAAUAAGAAAUGAGAAAUGACUUCAUACUUCUCCAAAUACUGGAUAUUCAAUUUCAAUUAUACCUCUUUAAUGUCAUCUUUUUUAAUAUUAAGUAGUUAGUAUUUGGUGUGUAUUAAGUGUUAAAACAACUUUCACGACACUUGAGAUAUGAAAUUGGUAUUACUGUUAUCCAUUUUGGUAGUCAAAAUAACCUCCCUUUCAGAGAAAAAUAACAUAAAUUUUCCAGAAAAAUAACCUCUAAUUCAGUGAACAAAUAAACACGAAAAGUGCAUACCCCUACAUAUACUUGUACACAUUUCUUAUUGUUAUUAUUUAUAAAAUACACGAAAUCUAUUUUUUCCCGCCAUUAAACAUAACAAUGUACACUUUUUUUUAAAUAUAAAUGCUCUUAAUUAAUUUGUUGGGACGUUUUCAUUAACGAAUAAUAACAUUGUUUAUAACUAUGUUAGGCCAAAAGUCAGUCACCUUUAUACUUGUUGCUAAUUGAUCGCGUUAAUAAUACACAAAUAUUUAUAUACUUGUUUAGUAUUAUUUUAGUCGUGACACGUUUACAAACACGUCACGUUAUUUAUUUUACUAUCUGACUAAUAGUAGGCACUACUGUAUUUAUUUCCGAAUCGCUAGGACAGUUUUCUUGUAACUUUUGUUUCAGUCAGUUGUGGGGGUAUCUGUCCGGGAAGGGGGUGGUGAUGGUUUUGAGUUUAAUCCCAAAUUUAUUUUCAAAAAAAGUUUACAGGUUUCUUUAAAUGAAAAAAAAGUAUAGUUUUCCAGCGACUAUUUCGUUUGAGGCGUACGUGCGUUGCCGCACUCCUGCUUUUUUUUGUAAGGAAUUAAAUUGUCGUGCUACACUAGCGCCGCCUGUUAGCAACAUCCCGAACCAACAUGGCCGCCAGCAGACAGCCCGCGUUGACAAUAGAUAGCAGGACAAUGCUGCGUCGGCCGCGGACUGAGAUGCUAUACUUACGUGGCGUGGUAGGGUAUUCUGGUUAUUUUGACGCAAUCGGUGAUCACAUCCGUACUUGUGGGGUAUCAUUUUAAAGAGGAUUCACACAUCUGCUCACAGAAAUUAAGAUUUCGUUAAUAUAACCUGUUAUUUUCCAAUUAUACAGGUUUAAACACAAUUUUUAUGCUAUUUUCGGCUAAUUUUUAUUUUUUGGGGGCCAAAAUCUGUCCAAUUCGUUUAUAGCGAGGACACGGUUAUAGCGAGGAUCAAACCCGGAACCGUGACACCUCGCUAUAACGGGACUCUAGUGUAGUUGUUAAAAAAUAUAUAAUACUAAGAUUAAGAUACCAGAAAAUUUAUUGUGUCUACAUAUUUUUCCACAUAAUUAAAUGCACCAAAAGUCUACUUUUGUAAAACAUGUAAAAUUUCAUAACUUGUAAACUAGUAAAUCUAUUUAAAUAUUUUAAAUUUAUACAAAACAUGUAUUGAUGAAAACAACAGGUGGAAAACAGUAUUAUAAAAGACAGGGUUCCCAACGACCGGGAAAACAGGGAAAACAGAGAAAAUUCAGGGAAAUAGAAAUGGGUCAAAAACACAGGGAAAACUCAGGGAUAUUUGUUGUGUGGCAAUAACAGUGUGUGUAUAUAUAUAUUUAUAUAUAUUGAUUAAUUCAUGUAUUACAAGCACAUUUUUUCUUAAAAACAAAAUUGGAAAGUUGGGGUGCGGGUCAUACAUGUAAAUCAAAGUAAUAGAUAAGCCACGAGUCCCGGGAAAGUUUGGUUCACCAUACAGCUGUGACGUGCCGAAUUUCAUGCUAGGCGUCCCCGGACCAUGCCGAGCUGCGCCAAGCCAGUUGUAGAAAAUGGCGGCACUGUAGUUCGUAUACGUUUGGCCGUUUGUGUCAUAACUAUGAAGUAUCCGGUACGCUGGAAACUUUUUGAAGAUUGUUUAGUGAACGUAUUUUCAUUUAUUUAGAUGUAUUUUUACAAAAGUGCUGCAGCUGUGGUGGUGGUUUUGUAUCACUGUAAUUUGUGUAGUUGGUAGUAUUAUGGUUUCAUGAAGAGAUUUUUGCCUAUCAAACACAUCAAAAACACCGCGAAAAUAGUUACACAUUGUGUUAUUCUGAGUCAAGAGUUCUACAGAAGCAGUUAAAUAUAUUUGAAAUUUUUAGUCAAUUA